AUGUCAACUCCAGAGCAGGCGUUACGGAGUUUGUUGAGAAGUGCUUAUCUUUCAAAUGAACCGGUUUCCGUUGAUAGUAUAGCAGCACUACAAGAAUUGCUUGGUUCAACUCUUGAAUUUGAUCAAGACGAUCAGCAGAAAGGAAUGUCUGAAACUUAUAUAGACUCACUGCCCAGGGUGCCCAAUAGUAAGUUAAAGGCAGAAGACACAUGUGCGAUAUGCCAGUGCAAUUUCCUCGACGACCCAUAUCCUUUAGUGGCAAAAGUUCCUCGCUGUAACCAUAAGUUUGAUCUAGAGUGCCUAUCUAUAUGGCUACAGAACAACCAUACAUGUCCCAUGUGCAGAGAUGAUCUCAGGUCAAAGAAAGUCGAAAUUGACACAUCUCAAUGUGAACUUGAGGAGGAUUUCAAUAUGUACGGAUAA